AUGACGACCAAGUUUGAGCCUAUCCCGCAGCCUCCGACCUUACCUAUCAUAGGGAAUCUCACUGAUAUUGAUUCAAGAAAUUUCAAUGAAUCUAUGGUUGACCUUGUCAAGAAGUAUGGGCCGAUUUAUCGUUUGACCGUUGCAGGUGAAAGCUUUGUUGUGGUGUCAAGCUGGAAACUAGUUGACGAGGAGCUGCGAGCAGCUACAAAUGAUGGACUGUUCACUUCUCGAGGAGAAGAGGAAGUCAACUGGGGUAUUGCACAUCGUGUGCUGAUGUCCGCAUUCGGCCCAAUAUCUAUUCGAAAUAUGUUCGACGAGAUGCACGAAAUAGGCACCCAACUAGCACUCAAGUGGUCUCGACAAAGCCCUUCACAAAGACUGGAUAUUGGCGAAGAUUUUACACGUCUCGCCUUGGACACUGUGGCUCUUUGUUCCAUGGGAUUUCGAUUCAACUCCUAUUAUCGAGAAGAUCUGCAUCCCUUCACUCGUGCAAUGUAUGAAGUGCUUAAGGCUGCAAGUAAAAGGUCAAUGCGAUUUCUUCCUUCCAUCUUUUAUCACCACGAGGAUCGCAGGUUCGCAGAAAAUAUUAAGCUCUUGCGAUCAACAGCCCAGGAGGUAUUGGACGCCCGAAGAAAACUUGCAAAAGAGGCUGUAGAUGCUAGAAAGGACUUGUUAACUCAAAUGCUAUCUGGAGUUGACCCGAAAACGGGUCGCUCAAUGACGGAUGAAAGCAUCAUCGACAAUCUCAUCACUUUUCUCAUUGCCGGCCAUGAGACAACCGCCUCAACACUUCAAUUCAUCAUGUAUAACCUGUUGACGCAUCCCGAGGCAUACCGAAAGGCUCAGCAGGAGCUUGAUGCAAUUGUUGGAACCUCUGCUUUGACUCCAGAGCAUAUUCCUAAGCUCAAGUAUCUCAACGCUGUCAUACGCGAGACCCUGCGGCUAAGCUCGCCCAUCUCCAUGUUUGCCAGGCAACCGCUCAAGGAUGAGGUUCUUGGGGGUAAAUAUGCGAUCAAGGCGGACACUCAGCUUGUUUGCUUUUUGGGAAUGUCUCAUCGGGACCCAAAUGUAUACGGCCAGACAGCAGAGGAGUUUCACCCGGAAAGGAUGCUCGACGAAAACUUCAACCGUAUUCAAGAAGAAUUUCCCCAUAGUUGGAGUCCCUUCGGAACCGGUAUUCGAGGCUGUAUAGGCCGUCCUUUCGCAUGGCAGGAGAUGAUGAUAGCUUGUGGCAUCCUUUUGCAAAACUUCAACUUCUUGAUGGAUGACCCCACCUACACCCUGCAGAUCUCUGAGAGCAUCACCAUCAAGCCAAAAGGAUUUUAUGUUAAGGCAAUCCCGCGAAACGGAAUGAGCCCCUCACAGCUAGAAGCGCGACUGUCUGGGGCCUACAAUGGAACCUACCACAGCACUGUACGUGAGCAAGAGAGCGCUUCUGAGCCUUUAGGGCAGCAAACGAACAACAAUGACUCGCAUAACAAGAUUGCCAUAUAUUAUGGCUCUGACGCUGGCACAUGCGAGUUCAUGGCGCAAAAGCUAGCUUCAAACGCCGUCUCUCAUGGUUAUCACGCUUCUAUUGAUCAGCUUGAUGCGGCUAGGGAAUCUUUGCCAAAGGGCAUCCCUGUAGUCAUCAUCACAUCCACAUAUGAAGGACAACCGCCACAGAAUGCAAGACACUUUGUACAGUGGAUCGAAAGUUUGAAAGGCGUGGAGCUCGAAGGUAUAACAUUCGCUGUUUACGGCUGUGGCCACAGUGAUUGGGUCAAAACUUUCCAGCGUACUCCCAAAUUGAUUGAUUCUACAUUACAGAAACUUGGCGCGGAGCGGCUCACCUCUGCUGGACAGACUAAUGUGAAAGAGAGGGACACGUUUUCGGACUUUGAGGCGUGGGAAGAUAACUUCCUGUGGCCGGCUAUUGUCAAACGUUUCGGUGAUAUAAAGAUCCAAAUCAACGCCACAAGUGCACUUCAGGUGGCCUUAUCUACCCCGCGAGUGCUAAGCCUUCGACAAAAGGUUAAGGAAGCUCUCGUUACCGAUGCCCGCCGCCUGAGUAAGGGGGAUGCCAGUGAUGAGAAACGACAUCUCGAGCUUCAACUUCCUUCUGGCAUGUCGUAUACCGCUGGCGACUAUAUUGCCGUGCUGCCUUGUAACCCAAAAUCAUCCGUCGACCGUGUUAUGAGACGAUUCCAUUUGGCAUGGGAUGUCCACGUCUUCAUCAAGGCCACUGGGCCGACAACGCUACCGCUUGAUGUCAGCGUUCCCUUAUACUACGUUCUGAAUGGAUAUGUGGAGCUGGGUCAGGUCGCAACUAAGAGGGAUAUCGCAAUUCUAGCCCAGCACACGGAUAAUGAGGAGUUAAGGGAAAAGCUCAUUCACAUGAGCGGUGACGGCUUCGAAACUUUGGUGAGAGGCAGAGCACUUUCAAUUCUUGAUGUUCUGGAAUCCCAUCCGACGCUCCGGCUUCCAUUGCAGCAUUUCCUCUCUAUGCUGCCACCCAUGGCCACACGCCAGUACUCGAUUUCUUCGUCCCCUCUUGCUGAGGCUGGGAAAGUGACGUUGACGUAUAACGUCCUUAACGAGCCUGCACUGUCCGGAGUCGGCCAAUACACAGGUGUAGCGUCCAAUUACCUCUCAUCCCUGUCUGUUGGCGACAAAGUUCAAGUCACAGUUCGCCCGGCUGCCGGAGGCUUCCGUCUGCCACUAAAGGCGGAGGAAACUCCGCUAAUUCUCAUCGCAGCCGGUACGGGAAUAGCCCCUUUCCGAGCUUUUGUUCAGGAACGCGCCAUUCGGGUAGCUAACGGGCAGACGGUUGGCCCCGCAAUGCUGUUCUACGGUUGUCGCCAUCCCGAGAUGGAUGACUUAUACCGCGAAGAGUUUGAUGAUUGGGAAAGUAAAGGCAUCGUUACCGUCCUGAGGGCUUACAGCCGGAAGCCGGCGGCCUCAAGCGGUUGCAGCUACGUCCAGAACCGCCUGUGGCUCGAGAGGGAGUCGGUUGGCCGUUUGUGGAGCAAAGAGGCGCGCAUUUACGUGUGUGGAUCGAACAAAAUCGAGACCAGUGCCAAGGUUAUCCUAGUCAAAAUUAUACAGGAUGAGAGCAUGAGGCAUGGUCGGCCUAUGUCAGAUGAAGCCGCCCAGGAAUGGUUUGAGAACCAACGCAAUGAACGGUUUACGACAGAUGUUUUCGAUUGA